AGGCUCAACCAAUGACUUCCGCUGUUGUUACAGUGCCGCUCCUGGAAGUCGUAAAAGGGAAGUUCAACUGUUAUUGUAAGUGCCCGGUGAGAGCUUUGAGUCACACGCUAGAAAGUGGAGAUGUUCCGCCGUGUGCUGGGGAAGACCUUUGGUUUUGUGGGCUACACAAUCCAGUAUGGCUGCAUUGCACACUGUGCUUUUGAAUACAUUGGAGAGUUAGUCGUGUGUUCUGGUCCAUCCAUGGAGCCCACCAUUGUCAACGAGGAUAUUGUCUUCUCUGAACGGAUGAGUCGGCAUCUUUGCAAAAUACAAAAGGGUGAUAUAGUCAUUGCAAAAAGUCCAUUUGACCCAAAUAUGAACAUUUGUAAAAGGGUAAUUGGAUUGGAGGGUGACAAGGUCUGCACAAGUUCCCCAUCAGAUUUGUUCAAGACUCACACAUAUGUUCCAAAAGGCCAUGUGUGGCUAGAAGGGGAUAACCUUAGGAAUUCUACUGACUCAAGGAACUAUGGCCCAAUUCCCUAUGCCCUCAUCCGAGGGCGUGUUUGCUUAAAGCUCUGGCCACCACAUAGUUUUGGGACCCUGAGUGAAAGUCCAACAGAACGGAUCAUUAAAACUCAGAGCGACUCGGACUCAGAUUGACUCGUCGACUUUGUUUAUAUUUGUACUUGUACUUGACUUUUUCAUUUUUGAAUAAAAGUGAUAAUUCUUUUAAAAAGUUAAUCGUGCCCAUUUGAUUAAUAUCAAAAUUCAAGAUUUGAUUAAGAUGCAGCAGUGAGUGACGCUGUGGAACUGCUAAUGGCAGAGCUGGCAGGGGCAAAUAUGCAUAAGAUUUAAAUCGGGGAUUGUGUCGACUUAAUAAUAGCAGCUAUGUCAAUGUAUUAAAAGCCUAAUCAUACCAAAGAGUUCAAACACUAUUCAGGAAUCAUAAGUUGCGAUUGAGUGAGUUCAGUUGCUUUAUUUAAGUGGUGCUGAAAUGCACCAAAACUGUGCAUUUAAUUUUUGUUGACUAUUUGUAAAUCUUGAAAAAGUGAUAUCUGUCUGAACUAAAAAGAAGUAUUUCAGCAUUAUGUGUCACAUUUCCUUUAAAAUCUGUUAUUUAUUUCAUGUUUACCCUUCCUUGGUAUUACGCUACAACAAAAACUCUCUGAAUGUUUAAUAUUUCAUCACGCUGCCAAGGCAAUUGAAAAAAUGUUAGCACUUCCCAUUUAACCAUACAAUAUUAAUACGCACUUAGUAAGGGGCUCUGUGUGUAUGCGCAUGUGUUCAUGAGUGCAUUUAAAAAUAUCGAGUCUCAGUAUGUUUACAUGUACUGGUUAUAAUUGCUACUGCAGA